AUGGAGUUGGAGAACCUGGUGGCGAACUCGCUGCUGCUGAAGGCGCGCCUCGAAGUGGACUACAGCAGUCUUUGUGACAAGCAGCCAAUAGGAAGGCUGCUCUUCCGGCAGUUCUGCGACACCCGGGACAACCUGAAGCGGUGCAUAGAGUUCCUGGAUGCGGUGGCAGAAUAUGAAGUCACCCUUGAUGAGGACCGAAGAGAGCGUGGACAGUUAAUCUUGAAAACGUUCUUCAUUAAUGAGACCUCGGCAGCCCCUUUGCCCCGGAUUUCUGCUCGCAUCGUGAGAGCGUGCAGGCUGCAGCUGAAGGAGAUCCCCUCCAAGGAGCUGUUCAAGGAAUGUGUCAGAGUUGUCCAUCACUUUUUAAGUGGAAAACCAUUUGAAGAAUACCAAGAAAGCCCAUAUUUUUCUCGAUUUUUACAGUGGAAAUGGUUGGAAAGGCGGCCAGUAACAAAGAAAACAUUUAGACAUUACAGAGUUCUAGGAAAAGGUGGAUUUGGAGAGGUUUAUGCCUGCCAAGUGAGAGCUACGGGGAAGAUGUAUGCCUGCAAAAAGCUAGAAAAGAAAAGAAUAAAGAGGCGGAAUGGUGAAGCCAUGGCCCUAAAUGAGAAAAGACUCUUAGAAAAAGUGCAAAGUAGAUUUGUAGUGAGCUUAUGCUACUCAUACGAAACCAAAGACAGCCUGUGCUUGGUGCUCACCAUCAUGAACGGCGGCGACUUGAAGUACCACAUCUACAACCUGGGCGGCCCCGGCAUCGAGGAGCCGAGGGCGGUGUUCUACGCGGCGGAGCUGUGCUGCGGCCUGGAGGACCUGCAGAGGGAGCGCAUCGUGUACAGAGACCUAAAGCCCGAGAACAUCCUCCUGGACGACCACGGUGCCCGAGUCCUCAGGACACAGAGACACUCAAAUGCGAACGCACCUGGAGUCCCUUCUGCCUGA